UAAGUUUGAGGGGUGGCAGCACUGGUUCACAGGCUUUUGCCAAUCGCCGUUUGCGAAAAGAUAAAAUGUUUAAUUAAAUAUAAACGCCGCGAGCAAACAAUGAAUAAAACUCUGUGAAACGGGCGGCGGGGAAGCGAUGUGCAUGUGAAGCUUGAGAAAAGGCGCAGUAGCGAGCAGGCAGGAGCGCAAAUAAGGGAAAGCAGCCAACCAAAUCGAUUUUUUCAGUGCAGGAUGCUGAAAUUUUAAAAGGAUAGAUUUUAGCUGAGAAACCAUAAAAAUGCCGGAGAAUCUGGAGCUGCAGCAGUUCCAGGAGAGUGCCCCGCCCCCCGACCCAGCACCCCGAUGGCUAGAGCGUCUGCAGCGGCGUCUCGGUGACAAUUGUCCUUACCUCGGCAUCCUGCUGGCGACACUCUCCUCCCUCUUCUUCUCCCUCUGCUCGGUGAUUGUCAAAGGACUGGUGGACGUGAAUCCCAUGGAGCUGGCCUCCUUCCGCUUCGUGGGCGUGCUGUUGCCGGCGCUUCCGAUCCUGAUAUACACUCGACAGCCGGUGUUUCCGGAGGGCAAGCGGGUCAUCCUGCUGCUGCGGUGCUUCAUGGGCACCACGGGCUUGAUGCUCAGCUUCUAUGCCUUUCGACACAUGCCCUUGGCGGACGCCAGCGUCAUCAUCUUCUCCACGCCCGUCUUCGUGGCCAUUUUUGCGCGUGCCUUCCUCAAGGAGCCAUGCACGCUGUUCAAUGUGCUGACCAUCAACCUAACGCUGGUGGGAGUGGUCCUCAUCACCAGACCGCCGUUCUUCUUCGGCGGCUCGGGCGAGAGUGAGGAUGUGUCUGGCAAGACGUACGACAUCUGGGGACCGGUGGCCGCCAUCUCGUCCACGCUCUUUGGCGCCAACGUCUACAUAUUGCUGCGGGCAUUGAAGAACUUGCACUUCUCCGUGAUUAUGACCAAUUUCGGAACCAUCGCUCUUGUCUACACCCUUAUCGUGUGCGGUUCCAUCGGAGCUGUAUGCUGGCCCAGCUGCGGACGAGAUCGCUGGCUGGUUGUGGUCCUGGGCGUGUUCAGCUUUCUGGGCCAGAUCCUGCUUACCCUCUCGCUGCAGAUCGAACAGGCCGGACCGGUGGCCAUUGCCCGCUGUGCGGACAUCGUCUUCGCCUUCGUCUGGCAGAUGCUUUUCUUCGGGGAGACGCCCACCGCCUAUUCCCUGGUGGGUGCCGUCAUGGUUAUGGGAUCUGUGGUGCUGACGGCCCUUAAGAAGUGGGCGGGCACUCUGCCACGUGAGUCCUCGCUGCGGAAGCGGUUCAGACUCAUCCUGCUGGAAUAAAAGUGUAACAUCGAUAGACGAAGUUCGCGGUUUCUCCCCGUCUCACCAUCGUUCUCACCUAAUCCCUGCCAGAACCAGGCAUCGAACCAGUUCAUUCACCGUAGACUUAACUUAUAUCAAGGCUCAGAUUGUAGUUUAAUCAAAAAUGAAGACGGAUCGCGUGAUAUCCACUCCACUCUUAAUGAAAAUACUCGUAGUGCGCGUUUAGUUUAGCCAAUUUCGCCGAUUUGUUGUUUUGUACAUUGUUAUACAUGCUUACAAAUACUAUAAUAAAUACGACUUAUGAGUAAAUAA